GUUUCCUCUUACAAGACCUGAUCUUUGCAAGAAAUGGGAAGCUGCUGUUAAAAGGAAAAACUUCAAGCCAACCAAGUAUAGCAGCAUUUGUUCAGAACACUUUACUCCCGAUUGCUUUAAAAGGGAAUGCAACAACAAGCUUCUGAAAGAAAAUGCUGUGCCCACAAUAUUUUGUUAUACUGAACCCAGUGAAAAG